AUGACAUUCGUUCAGACGACCGCGCAACCGGCUGGCCAUCAAUUCUCCCAGCCAUAUCCAAAUGGCCACCAGUCUUCAACGUUUGGAGUCAAUCAGGGUGUCAGUGACUCGGCUUACUACAAGCAUCCGUUCAACCAGCAUACCGUGCAGCCACUCUACGACAACCAGAGGACUAGAGCCAACCAAACUGCCACGCCCCAGUGCAUCUCCCAAGCCGAUACCGAUGCCAUCUCAAAUGAUGUUCGUCAAAAAGUGGAAAUGACGCUGAAAAACACUAUGAAAGUGAUUGAUUCAGAUAUCCGGCGGGCCAUUGCCGAGGAUAUGCGUGGUAUGCAGCUCUUCAGUCAGCAAAGCAUUAAGCGUGGCUUGGAGCAAGCGAAGUUUGAAAGGAACAACGAAAUGGUCCAUUUCAGUCGUCAAAUCCACGAGAAAGCAGCCAUGAUGAACGAGGAUAUCACUGCCUGUGUGGAAUAUCGCAAAAACUGCUUGGCAGGGCGUACAGAGAUCAUUUCUGUGAAAGGGGACUUGGCGCAGCUGCAAAAGCGCUAUACAGAGACUCUGGGCCUCAUGGAGAAGAGCUUGGGAGAGCACGUGGAACGUUUGGCAACAAUUGAGAAAAACGAUGAAAAGACCGCCAGUGAUGCUACAAUUCAGAGAAGUGAGAUUGCACAGUCUCUGCAACACAUUUCGGCCCAGCAUGCUCAGGAGACUCAGCAGAUCAUACAGCAAAUCCAGCACAUCGAGCAAAACGAUGAAAAGACCGCCAAUGACGCUACAAUUCAGAGAAGUGAGAUUGCACAGUCUCUGCAACACAUUUUGGCUUCGCAGGCCCAGCAUGCUCAGGAGACUCAGCAGAUCAUGCAGCAAAUCCAGCACAUCGAGCAAAACGAUAAAAAGACCGCCAAUGACGCUACAAUUCAGAGAAGUGAGAUUGCACAGUCUCUGCAACAUAUUUCGGCUUCGCAGGCCCAGCAUGCUCAGGAGAUCAAGCAAAUUCAGCAGAUCAUACAGCAGAUGCAGCAGAUGCAGCACAUGCAGCACAUUCAGCAGAGCCAGCAGAUGAAGGAGGCUCAGCCGAGGGAAGAGGCUCAGCAGAGGGAGGAGGCUCAGCAGAAGGAAGAGACUCAGCAGAGGGAAGAGACUCAGCAGAGGGGGGAGACUGGGCAGAGGGAGGAGACUGGGCAAGUUCCACAAGGGCAACGGAAGAAACGCAAAGGGAAUGGGUUCAGCUUUUCAGAUAGAUUAAUCCUACAGCAAGGGAAGGAGCGUAGGGCGACUACCAGAGCUGCGCAGAGGCGUCGGAACUAG